CCACGUGUUACUCUCCUCUCUCUCUCCGCAACAUGCCCCGCGAUCCUUUAAUUGGUCUCGUGGGCAAGCCUUCAUCGGGGAAGUCGACGACGCUGAAUAGCUUAACAGAUGCCACGUCCAAAGUUGGAAACUUUCCCUUCACAACAAUCGACCCCCAGCGCGCGGUCGGUUACUUGCAAAUCGAAUGCGCGUGUAAACGUGUCGGGCUGACUGACCGCUGUAAACCGAACUACGGGUCCUGCGUCGAUGGACGGAGAAGCGUGCCGAUUGAGCUGUUGGAUGUGGCGGGGCUUGUGCCGGGGGCGCAUAUGGGGAAGGGGCUGGGGAAUAGGUUUUUGGAUGAUUUGAGGCAGGCGGAUGCGCUAGUGCAUGUAGUGGAUGUUAGUGGGACGACGGAUGCGGAAGGCAAGGCGACGAGAGGAUACGACCCGAGUCAGGACAUUGUAUGGCUACGGUCAGAAAUCGUGCGGUGGAUACAAGGGAACUUGAUGGAGAAAUGGGGCUCCAUAAAACGCCGCCACGUCGCCGUAAAAGCCACCGCCGUCGAAACCCUCCAAAACCAAUUCUCGGGCUACGGUUCCACUGCCGCCGUCGUCGCGCGCGUGCUCGACCGUCUCGGCCUCAAACAACCGUUGCAAGACUGGUCCGAUGAGACCAUCGAGCGCGUCGUAAACGCCUUCACAGACGAGAAAUUCCCGACCGUCAUCGCGCUGAAUAAAAUCGAUCAUCCAGACGCGGAUAAGAAUAUUGCGAAGAUCGCAAAGAUGCAGAAUCCGAAGAGCAUCGUGCUGACGAGCGCCAUCAGUGAGGUGUUCUUGCGGAAAUUGGCGAAGCAGGGCUUCAUUAGGUAUACCGAGGGAAGCGAUUAUCUCGACACGCGGGAGGAUCUGAUUGAGGCCGGGGACCCAGAUGGUGGAGGAUUGAAGGAGAUGGACGAGAAGCUUAGGAACCGCAUCGAGAACCUGAAGGACAUGGUUCUUUACCGGUUCGGCUCGACGGGCGUCGUGCAGGUCCUUUCAAGGGCGGCGGAACUGCUGGGGCUGGUGCCGGUAUUCCCUGUGCGCAAUAUACACAACUACACAAGCGGCAGCGCGAGUUCGACGGCUGUUUUCCGGGACUGUGUAUUAGUCAAGAAGGGAAGCACAGUUGGGGACGUGUACAGAAAAGUCAUGGGAGAUGCGCCGUUGGCGUAUGUAGAGACGAAGGGGGGUGUGAGGGUUAGCGAGGAUGAUGUGGUGCAGGUGGGAAAGAAUGAUAUAUUGUCGUUUAAGGUUGGCAGGGCAUGAGCGCGACGGAUUGCAAGCACCGGUGAUUAGACUGAGCCGAUGAUAUAGAGGGAAAGAUAUUGUCGUUUAAGGUUGGCAGGGCAUGAGCGCGACGGACUGCAAGCACCGGUGAUUAGACUGAGCCGAUGAUAUAGAGGGAAAGGUAUACCCAGUAUAGGCCAUUAAUGAAGAACCUCUCUUUUGGUCAUCGGAACAAUGC